AUGUCAGUGAUAGACUCUAGGAAAAGAACAAACGAUACUUUCACUGCUGGUGACAGCUCCUCAAAGAAGAGACGGCUGGACUCGGCCACAUCUGUCAAAGGAACUACCAAGUGCUUCAACCGUUCCAUUGCCAGGCUUUACGUCUCAUUAGCACCUCAGUAUCUUUUGGAUCCUGUCAAUGGUAUUCGCUCGCAGCAUUUAGACCCAAUGAUCAUGACAUAUUCCUCCAGCCUGAACGGUGUGAUCUUGGGUUACUCCAAAGUGAAGAUACUAAAACAAGGCUCCAACAAGGAGGAGAUCUUGGCCAAGAUAUCGGCAGAGUCACCCUUCACUUUUUUGUGGAUAUCCGUUGAAUUCUUGAUAUGGAGCCCUUCGGUGGGCGACGUUGUCGAGGGCUGGAGCUACAUGCAGACCCAGUCGCACAUCGGUCUGCUGAUUCACGACACUUUCAACGCGACCAUAAAGAGAAACUCGAUACCCACAGAUUGGACAUUUGAAUUCAGCCCGGAAGAGGAAUAUGAAGAGGCAGAAGAAGGUGCUGAAGAGGAGGAGUCCGCCGAGCAGAGGCCACGGGUGAGGUCCCAAGGCCAGUGGAAGGACGGCAACGGGCUGUCGAUCGAGGGAAAGAUAAAGUUCACAAUUAAGUCGGUUAAUAGAGCUGGGAGAGUGAUUUCUGUGGAAGGUAGUCUUGUCAAGGUCGACAGAGACACUUUACCAGUGGAGGCUACAGCCGCAUCCACUCAGAACACAUCUCUUGUGAACGUUCCAUUCCAAGAGCCCGAACUGGAGGCAGAGGUCAGUGAGAUAAUAGUUAAUGCAAGCGAAGAUGUCAUAGCCGCUGCGGAAGAGGACAGCUCCGAGGAAGAAGACUCUGAUUAG